AUGGCAGGUCCCGGUCGUGACACGUCUACCAUUUGUUUGUUCGAUGUCGAUGGAACUCUCACCCCGUCUCGUCAGUCCAUCAAGCCACAUGUUGAUGACUUCCUGCACAAGCUUGCCGAGAAAGUGUUGGUUGGUCUCGUUGGAGGAUCGGACUUUGUCAAAAUUGCUGAACAGAUGGAUGGGCACGAGGAUAUUCGGAAACGAUUUGACUAUGUGUUUGCUGAAAAUGGGCUUGUCGCAUUCCGAGGGACCACUCAGAUUGGGCAGCAGAACUUGAAGAAAUUUGUUGGUGAGGAAAUCUUGCAGAAACUCAUAAAUUUUGCUCUACGCUACAUGUCGAAACUUGUGUUACCCUGCAAAAGGGGUACAUUCAUUGAGUUCCGCAGUUCCAUGAUCAAUAUUUGUCCUGUUGGUCGCAGCUGUACGCAGGAGGAGAGGGAUGAGUUUGUCAAGUUUGAUGAGGAGCACAGGGUACGAGACAAGUUUGUUGAGGCCCUGAGAGCAGCAUUCCCUGAUGCAGGUCUGACAUUUUCCAUCGGUGGACAGAUCAGUAUAGAUGUCUUCCCCGAAGGCUGGGACAAGCGCUACUGUCUACAGUACCUGGAGCAAGAUGGUGUCAAGACAAUUCAUUUCUUUGGAGACAAAGUGGAAAAGGGUGGCAAUGACCAUGAAAUCUUUGAAGACCCCAGAACUGUUGGACACAAAGUGAGCAACCCUGAUGAUACAGUCCAGCAGCUGAAAGAGCUGUUUUUUUCCUAA